GCAGGGGCGCCAAACUGUUCCUAUAGAACCCGGAGCCUGCCGCAGUGGAUCAGAACUGCUUCCUGCUUGCGGUGACGUGACCGCGCUUGGCCGCCGGCUCCUGGCGCCGCUAAACGUCCUGAACAUGGAGGCAUACAGGUUUCUGCAGUUUGCCGAAAAGCAUUUCAAGGACGACCUCGAGUUGCUCGAGAGGGCCGCCCAUGUCACCCGCGGUGUAUUCCAGAUGCCUUCACUGCUCGACUCAUGCACACAGAAAAACGAAGGAGGUGCCCGCUGCUGGAUGGUGACUCAAGCGGUCCUGGACAUGGAGGCAUACAGGUUCCUGCAGUUUGCCGAAAAGCAUUUCAAGGACGACUUCGAGUUGCUCGAGAGGGCCGCCCAUGUCACCCGCGAUGUAUUCCAGAUACCUUCACUGCUCAACUCAUGCACACAGAAAAACGAAGGAGGUGCCCGCUGCUGGAUGGUGACUCAAGCGGAAGAGUUGAACAAGUUCCUGAACCCAUUCGGCAUGGAGCUCAACGAACUGCGGGAAGGUAGCCUGGACUUCGUAAUGACUCAUAGUGACCCCAUGGCUCCCAACGACCCCAAAGCUGUGGUUGUAUUCUUGGCUACGCUGUGGUUUCUCCGCGAGCACCGCUGUUUCUCCGGCAUCAGCCUGAACGUGUCGGUGCUGGAGCGCUUUCGCCCGGUGCAGUUCCUGCAGCACAUCACGUUCGCCAAGCGGGUCGUCACGGUCAACCUGAUCGGCGUCGAGGGAAUCGAGCUCCCGUUCAAAGUGUGCCCCCUGGUUCUGGUGCUCGAGCAAACGGAGCUGCUGACGCACGUCACCCUCGAUAGGGUAACACUGAUGGAAGCUGAGGGCAUCUAUCUCUCUUCAUUGGUGAUUACCAACCACGGACUGCAGUGUUUGACCCUUCGGAACGUGACCAUGGAAGACUCAGUCCUGGCCAGACUCGCGCAGGAGUUCAAGGAGCACCGCAGACCGCGAGAGUUCGAGUUGCGAGGGAGGAUUCGUAACAGCACGACGCGCACUGAACUGGUCUCGAGGCUGUUGGAUACCUCCUUGCAAAUUCUGCGCCUUGAAAUCAUGUGCAACCUUAGCCAGCUCUUCGAGAAACUCAAGGACAACGCGCAGCUGAUAGAGCUCGAGCUAGGACGCUGUUCCCCGGUCGGCGUCUAUCUGGACACACUAGCUUCUGCACUGACCCAAAACAUGACGCUGCGACACCUCACUCUCAGCCUCGACAUGACAUGGAUGUCGUACACAAGUUGCUCCUGGAAGCACCUGGGAGCCCUGCUUAAGAACAGCCGCUGGCUGGAAACAUUGUGUCUCCGUGAUUCGUGUCUUGGAAUGCACGCCGUGGUCCCGUUAAGCGAGGCCAUGGAAAGCAACGAGAAUCUUCAGACGCUGAACCUGAAGUGCUGCGGAUUCUCCUGCACCGAUGCCCUCCUGUUCGUGCGGGCCCUUUCACGAAACGGCUCCCCUUGUACGAAGGUGAAGCUAGGCGUUCUGACGGGAAAGGAGUGUGAACAGAUCCAACUUCUCCAAGAGAUCCAGGCUAGUGGACUGGACGACCGCGUUCACUGGGUUUUCACGUCGUCUCGGGCAGAGACGAUCGCCUCGGCUUUGCAAAAGGGCACUCCAAUUCGUCGCCUUGAGUUCCACGGCCCAGCCAGAGGCAAAGUUGGGACUUUGUUCCGGGGUCUUAUGAACGUGCAGGAAAUGUUGACGACCCUAUCACUCCGAGGAUUCCACUUCAGUAUCCACAAUGACGCCAGACAGCUUUCGCGGUUCUUGCGAGAAAGUGUAAUUCUCCGCAAGUUCAAGCUGGACAUGGUCGCCACUGCCGGUAGCAGUUUGCUCAUUCUUCAAGGAUUGCAGCGCUCAAUAUCCAUCAGGUCACUGACAGUGAUCGAGAACUGCUUGAAAGAAGCCACGGCGCGCGGGUUCGAAAACUUUGUGCGGAGGAAUACAAGUGUCGUGAAGCUGACUAUUAUUAAAGAGAAAACACCGGAUGCAGUCCUGGUGCCCUGUCUCCGGCGGGGCCUAACGGAAAACUACAGUCUGGGUGACCUAAGGCUGUUCUGCUCCGACGGACAAGUGCAAUUGCACGACUCGGUCAUUUCGCGGUCACUGCAUAUCAACAGCAUUGCGGUGGCGUGCGCCACCAAAUUAGUGGCGGACACGGAGCUCACGAGGGCAACCAUGUUCGCCCUGGAGCGGAUCAUGGCUUGCGACGCGGGCCCGGACAUCCUCUGCAAGGGCAUGGACUGCGAGAAAGGAGUUUUCGUAGCGAAGCUCCAGGAAGCCCUCAGGACAGCCGAGGACGAGCUGUUCGGUCUCGCCUGUCUGUACAAGUCAGCGGCAGAAAGUGAUGGACCGCGAGCCAGUCGCUUCCAAUUCUCAAGCCUCAACGACGCAGUUCGGGCAGAAAUACGGAACUGCUUGCACUGCAUGGGUAUCCCGAUUGACAGGUCGCCCUUCGGCCAUUUUUGAUACAGCAGCUCCCUUUCAGUCCAGCACGCACAUCGAACUGAGUAUUCUUAAACGCACUCAUCAUUUUAUACUUUGCAUCAUUCUGCAUGUUAUCAUAAGUUCAUUGCCUUUAGCGCUUUUAUAAGAAAUUUUAAGAUGUCACCGCGCAUUUCAAAUAUUCAGUAAAUAAACCAUGUCACAUAUGUCAGCGUGUAUAUACAUGACAAGAGCGAGCGUGGCAGAGAGGAAAGGCGACGCGAGAAACUCGUUUCGACCUUUCCAUCGCGUCGCCGCAAUCCCCUCUGUAGCUCCCUGGGCGUCGCCAGAAUACCAUAUGGACUGCUGUAAUUAUCUGAUGCUUUGCAAAAGCGUUGCAAAAGCUGCAGCGCCUACCCUUGUACCAACGCACAACAGUCCAAAAGCGAGGCAGCUAGAAUGGUAGAGAGGAGGUAGCUAGACAAGGCAGAGAAUGGGUAGAAGCCGCAUUAAAGCACGGCAGCGUCUAUAGGAUAUUAUACAGGGUGAUCAUUUUGAAGCUUUACGGAAUUCUUAGAUUGCCGGUCGCAGAUAGCAUAAUUCUUGUCUCCAAGCUGGAUUAUGCGAAGAGGCGGACAUACUAGCACGCGAAAUCAAAACAUAUAUUGCACUAAUUAGCAAAACAUUACUGAUUAACUUAACGAAUUGCGUUACGGCACAUGUUGCAAUUAACUAGGUGUAGCCUGUGAGUUGGCAAGACGCAUCCACUUGAAAUGAAUUUUCAGGAUUAAACCACUUUAGAGAUAUUUCCAAAGUGUGUGACGAAAUACAUGGGCGUUCCAGUUAUUUUUGUGCUACAGUGCAUAAAAGAAUUUUGUUAAAGUGGUCAAAUAGUGAAUUUUUACGGCGAGUUUGAUGGCACAUAUAUCUGUGUGCCAUCACACAGAUAUAUGCGAUCUGUGUGAUGGCACAGAUCACACCCUUUCUUCAGCCACAACUCAACGCAUGGCACGCUUACAGUCUUCAUUAUGCACAGUCUACAACUCAUGCUGCCGAAUUACGCCACUUACAGCUGCGUUGAGCCGCUACAGCCGGCAGUAGAAUUCUACAUGGCGGACAUGGAACCCAAAAGUGUCCAAGUGAUCAAAGGAGAGUGGGAGAUAUGGAAGCAGAAGUGGCACGUAACGCCUCCAAAAGAGCUGCCAAAGUAUGCGACCGAGGCACUCAAGCAGUAACAUCAGCCUGUUUCCAAAUAUCAGCACUCUGCUCAAGACACUUUCCACACUUCCUGUCACCACAGCGGCAGCUGAAAGAAGCUUUUCGACGCACCACAAAACCUACCUUCGCAACAGCUCUGUUGAGGAAUGAUUGAACGGGUUGGCUCUGAUGUCACUCUACACAGAGUCCGUCGCAACGUUUACGAUGAACGCACGGAGAAUUGUUUUAGGCUUCCGAACUUAAGGUGCGGAUAAUGACUUUGAAGCAAACGGACGCACCGCGCCGCGGACUUGUGGGACCACCUGACGAGAUCACUGCCGACCGUUCCAUGUCAGACGUCGGGUGAAGCUCUUCUUGAGUGUGCCUCAA